CCGCUCACACUGUACAAGGGACAUCACUGGCUAUUCUUUCUACUAGGGAUACCAUUCAUUAUUCUUCGUACAAGGUACACCACUCUUUAUUCUCCGUGAAAGAAACAUCACUGGUUAUUCUUCGUACAAGGGACAUCAAUCGUCAUUCCUUGAAUAAGGGACAUCACUCGUUUUUCUUCAUACAAGGGAUAUCACUCGUCAUUGCUGUGACGACUUUUUAAAAAUAUCUCCAUCCGUGUUAACAUAUUUCUCUCUUCGUGAUAAUGGAGUUAUCAACUCAAAUUUUUCAGUGAAAGCAUAUGGUACCCGUAAAGAUGGACAAAGUUCUGGAUACAACAGGACCGGAUAUCGCCCAGGACAUGCUUCUACAGACAACAGGUAGCAGGUCAUUAUACGAAAGAACAACAUCAUCACCACUCUACAACAACACUCGGCCACCUGACGAUAUAACAACCUGGCCAUUCAGCUUCCCCCCGGCCAACGUUACCCCAGCCGACGCCACAUCAUGGCCUGUCAGUUUUUCCCAAGACAUCAACACAACCGUGGAUUUAUCAACUCAGUCUGAUAUUGUUGUCUCCCUUGCUGGUACUGUAGGACUCUCCCUUCUCUUCUUCGCCAUCGUCUUCAUCGGAAUCAUCGGCAACUGUCUGGUGAUCGUGGUCAUCUUAACUGACCAGAAGAUGAGGCAGUCGGUGACGAACUUGUUGAUAAUCAACCUGGCUAUGGCGGAUUUGAUCAUCAUGGUGUUCGGGGUGCCGGAGAUUGUCAUGUUCAUGAUGAGCCGGGGGUGGCUUCUGGGGUCUGUCGCCUGCAAGGUCAACAGGUACAUCCUGGUUGUCGCCCUUUAUUCCUCGGUCAUCUCCCUUGUUGUGUUGUGCAUAGAAAGGUUUAUUGGGAUUGUCUUCCCUCUCAAGGUUUAUGAACUUUGCACGAGAAAAAAGAUGAUCGGGGUCAUCUUUGUCAUCUGGCCAGUCUCUUUCUCGUGUGGUCUGCCCGUUGUCAUCUACAACGAAAUGGUGCCUUCAUUGCCGGGUAUACACCUGUGUCAGAUAACUCUUCCAGGUGAAGAUAGACUAAGAAUGCAUAUGAUCUACAGAUAUCUGGAAUCCGCUUUGUUUUAUUUCCUACCAUUGGCAAUCCAGAUCGUGUUGUAUUCGAUUAUCUCUAAGCGUUUGUUCGCCAGUAAUCACGAGUUAAGUACUCGGUUACAGAUGCGUUCGACUGCGAAUCGCACGAAUGACUCGACCAACGAUACCAUCAAAGCUAGAAGGGGCGUGGUCAAGAUGUUGAUUUCGAGUGUUGUCUUGUACAUGGUGAGCUACUCGCCCACCCAGGUCCACCUCAUCUACUCCACCUUCGCCAGGUCCUCUGUCUUAGACAGCUGGGAAUUCUUCGUCUUCGUCAUGGUGGUCACGCACAUCAACUCUGCUGCCAAUCCGGUUCUCUACGGCAUCUUCAGCCAGAACUUCCGGAGGAACUUCAAGAGAUGUCUGUGCUGGUGCCGGAGCCACAAGAACACCAGAACCAUCUACGACUCGCUCGAGUCUCGGCUUGUCUCGAUGAGGUCUUCCAGCACAGCGAAGACGUAUGUCUCGAAACUGUGACGUUUUGCGACCUUGUUUUACUCCAGUCUAAAAAUAAACUAGGGGAGAUAAGCAAACGAAAAGUGAUAUUGAUUACACCCGUUCUUUCAAGUGUUGAUUAGUUGCUUGGUUUGAUGUUAUUUAGUUUAAUAUUUGUAGACGGUAUACUAAAACAUACUAUCAAAUUCUCGAUUAAUAAAAGAAUAAUUAUCAUUAAUUAAUA